UAAAGAAGAAAACUUAAAAUAAGAACAAAAAAAUAACAAAAAUAAAACAAGUGAGAGCAAGUGUGCUUGUGUAUUAGAUAGAGUUUUUUGAGUGAGUUUUAUUUUUAAUAGAAAUACAAACACACACACACUUACACAAACACAUACAAGUACUAGGCAAAGUACUUUUUGAAACAACCCAGCAACCAACCCCCCAACAGGAAUCAUACUUAACCUCUUUGUUCACCUUGUUCCAAGCCAAAUAGCAACAACAACAACAACUAAAACAACUAGACAAAAAUUCAAGAAGGAAAAGUGAAAUAACAUAAAAAUAACAAAAAUAUUAAAGAAAAGAUAUAAUAAAAUAUCAUAAUGGAGCAGCCCAGCAUACUUGUUAGAAUUUUACACUCGAUACCGCAUGUGAACUACACAUUUCAACGGGUUAAUGACACCUUCAAUCCGGACAGCGAUGUUUAUCUAGAGAGUCUGGGCAUUUUGGCUUCAAUUCCCGCCGGUUUAUUAAUAUUAUCACUCUUUGGAUUACUAUUGUAUCUGCUCACACGCUGUUGUGACCGUAAGCAACGAAAACCCAGCGCACAAAGAUGUCAGAGUUGUUCUUUGGUGAUUAUUACAUUGAUGACAUGUGCUGCCAUAGGUUUGGGUCUCUAUGGCAACGAUGAUUUCCAUAAUGGUUUAUUACAAGCAUUCAGUUCCGGCAAACAAGUGGAAGGACUUGUAUUGAGCUUAAAACGACAGACUGAAGCCAUAAAACAUGAUCUCGAAACUAAAAUGAAUCAACAUAGACUCGAAGCACAAAUAGAAAAAGUACAAUAUAAUCAAACUGCUGUAAUGUUGUUAAUUGAAACGUGCGGUCUAGUAAGAGAGAAUACCUCACGUGCUGUUACCAGUCUCGAUAACAUGGUGCUAUAUUUUAUGAAAACCAAAGACAGUGAAAAUGAUACCUCCCUAAUGGGUUUAUUACAUUUGGGUGAACUUUAUGAAUCGAUACGAUGGCCGGCAACUUUAGGUUUCCUGACACUGCUGCUACUGUUGUGCACAGUAUUGGUAAUAGGCGUGGCACGACGUUCCCGCUGUGCCUUGAUAUUCUUUAGUGUGGCUGGUCUAUUUUGCAUAAUUAUAUGCUGGCUAUUGGCGGGCGUUUAUCUGGCAUCGGCUGUGGCGGCUGGUGACUUUUGUAUGCGUCCGCAUGAGUACAUGUGUCGUCAGGUGGGAAUGCGGAGUCCUUAUGUUUACUUCCUUAACUGUGGCACCUUACGCAAUCGCUUCAUUUUACGCCUGAACGAAUCACGUGAUCUGGUGGAACGUGCUCGUGAAUCAGUUUAUUUAAUACAAAGAAUGAGCCAAGAAACGUAUCCACGCAUAGAUGUGCACAAAACUUUAGAGUCCAUGGAUAACGAUUUAGAGGAAACGAAACGUAAUCUCACCGUGUUGUCAGCCACUUUGGAUAGACGGGCUAUAGAUCGCCAUUAUUCAGAGGCCUUAAAGGGUCUGUGUGGUGGCGGUCUUUUGGGCUUGAGUUUGAUGAUGGUGGCCGGGCUGUUGACGUCUUUUCUAUUCACUAUACUCGUGUAUGCGGAUUCCCAUGCCUGGAUAUACUUAAGCAAACGAAGACCCUCUGUGGAUGCCGACAAAUCCGAAACAGCACCUUUAUUCCCCUCUAAUGCACCAAGUGCAAAUAUAUCACCCACAGCACCAGUCCAUCAUACGGGCACUAUAAAUCGUACCCUGUUACAUCAUCAGCAGACCCAUGGCGUGGCUGUGGGCCAUAGUGGCACCUUGGGUAGCACACGCAGCAAUGGUGCCGCCAAUGGAUUGAGAACAGGAUCAUCAUCGGGUCACCAUACAUUAGGUCGACUGCCCUCACAUCAGCAACCGAGCUAUAUGCCUGGUCCAAAUAACGGCAAAUAUGCCACACUUAGCAAACAAUGUAAGACUUUGGAAGCCAACGACUUUUACUGAGAUUCGCUUGCCUGCAGCUCCAAUGCAGGCAAUAGCAGUAUUCGACUUAAUAGCAUUACCGCCUCCAAUGGUAUUGGAAGAAAUUCAAUUAAAAGUAUGUUUACCUCAGCCACUCUACCACGUUCAGCUGGUUCUUCGCUUCGUUCUGUGUUGUCCGCCCAAACCUCAAACACGGUCUGCAGAUCAACUGGCAAUGGCUUGGAUCUGGAUGAUGACAAGGAUCCGCGUGAUGUUACAAACAAUAGCUUUAAUCGUUUCGAUCCCAAAUACAUUAGCAUAGGUCCGAAAGCGGUGCGAGGCAAUAACAAUUUGAGUGUGCUAGCUGCUGCUACAGCCAACAAGUGUGCUACUUUAGGGCGACCACAUGGUGGUCGUUAUGGAGGAUCAUUGAAGGGUACUAGUCCUUCUCCUAAUUUGCGUAGUGCCAAGACUCCUUCGAUUUCUACAGUAUCCAAAGACUAUUGUCCUCAGCCGGAUUGUAUACCACAGACGUAUGUGGCCAAUACAACUGAAAUGCUUGUGCCUCAGGCAGCUCAGCCACCGCCUCCACCUUUGCCGCCGCCAAAGCCCAAGAAUACAUUUACUGAAAUACCGGGCACUACGGGUGUAGGCAGUUCGUAUGCCAAAGAACUACAAAUGCAAUUACAAAUCCAGCAGCAGCAACAACAGCCUCAACAAUAUCAAUUGCAAGAGAUACAACCUGUAAGUGUAACACCAACCGUGCAGCGUCCAUUGCCAGUUCAGCAUCAUCCACCGACAACACACAUUCUGCCUCCAUCAGCGGUCUACAGUAUCGAAAGCUCCAGUUAUAAUCAACAACAACAACAACAGCAGCAGCAACAACAACAACUAUUGCAGCAACAAAUACAACAGCAGCAGCAGAAUGAACCUCCUCCACCACUUCCACCACCACAAAUCAUACCCUCCGUUGCAUCCCGACCUCUACCUCCACAACCAGUAGCUGCACCAGCGCCACCUCCACAACUACCCCGCUCAUUAAAUCCGAAUUCAAUUGUUAAUCAACCUUUGCCUGAAAUACCCACUCACCAGAGUCAGCCACAGCCCGCACCUCCCCCCAUUCAGCAAUCCAAAAUAUCACCACAACCUCUGUGCGCGGCCAACCUAAACCAGUAUCGUUCUCUACAAAGACCACAGCAACAGAAACUGCAACUACCAGCACAAACGCAAACAACGUCUCAGCAGCAACUGAAUCAAUUGAACCAAACUCAGCCUCAAAUCCAAUUGCAACCACCUAGUCUACCACCUAAAAAUCGUCACAAAUCUCGAGAGCACAACUCAAAUAUCCAACAAAUGCAGACUCUACCUCCCAAAUCGAAUAGUUUACGCCACCAACAGGUGGCCACAAACAAUUACGAACAGGAAAGAGAUCGCGAGCGUGACAGAGAACGGCAGAGAGAACGGGAUCGUGAUCGCGAAAAACACGAACGAUCGCGGCGUUCCGAGACCUUGGAUAAUGCUCGCUCGAAUGCCGCCUACAUGGAUCAACAUUCCAUUUCAGUGAAGAAACAACAUUCUUAUGAAACCUCACAGCCAGCAAGCUAUCAUCAACGCCAUCCUGCAGCGACAACGCCAAAUAAUAACUACCAUUCAACCAUCUUAACGAAGCAACAACAUCAGCAACAGUUGCUGGUUGAAGCCCACCAGCAACAGAUGUACUAUCGCUCGCUGAAACGUGGCGGAUCUCAAGCCAAUAAUGACAUGUAUUCGGUGACCGAGUUGUAGGAAUGCGCCUGCUGUGGCGGUGGUGUCGAUGUCGUGAGACGCUCAAAGUGUACCACAACAUCGAAUGCCUCUGCUGCAGCAAUGGGCAAUAGUUCAUGUGUAGCACCCAUACCUCUGCCGCCCAAGAAACACCAACGUUCCUCUUCGAGCGGCCGAGAACCUCGAGAAUCGGCGGUAUCCGCCUCAUAUAAUGCUAACAAAUGUGAAGACCACGAAUACGAUGAAUAUUGUCCGGGGGCAUACGAGUCCCAAACGCCUCACCAUCAGGGCUCCCGGCAAUCUCACCUCUCCACCGGCAUCUCCUCAUCAUCAACGAAACAUCAACAGAGAUCAGCCACAUUUGAUGUGGCCGACGCUCGUGACUACGAGCUUAAACGUUUGGGCAACCGGAGAUCCCAAUCGCAAAAUGCCACCAACCUAAAGCAAGCACGCAAUGGUGGCCUUAUCGUCAGCGGCGAUCAUCAUCGCGGAGAGCGCACUCAUGAUCGUGAGCGUAGUCGCAGCGAUCAUCGCAUUGCCAGCUAUGCCUGCGAUGACAGCUCCUUGGCCAUGAGCCAUGCCUUUAGUGGGAAUGUGGGAAAUGGUGGCAUACCGCAUCAUCACAACCAUCACCAGCAACAGAUGCAGCAGCAGCAACAACAACAUCGGCAACAACAACGCCGUGAAAAAACAUUUAAAGUAUGAUUUUUAGAGACGUCAUAAAAAUUUAGCCCCACUACCGAGGGGUCACCCACACCCAAGCGGGUGCAAACCAUCUACGUGGCAACCUGGUAAACACCUUAACAGCUGGCAAUCGAAUGACAUUCAUUCGAUUGAUCAAUGAUAUUGGCCCACAGGAUGGUGGUGGUGACUGGUAAAAGGUAACCAAAGUGGUGGCGGCAAAAGGAGCGGAUUUGUAAUAAUAAUGAUAAAUUUAAGGAGACCAGCUGUGGAUUUGUUGCUUUAUUUAAUUGUAACUAAUUAUGUUGGCAUAAUUGGCACUCUUCUUAGUACGCCUAGUAGUUUAAUGUUACUUAUACUAAAAUUAAUUAAUUAAUUAUGUAAUUGCUCUAAAGCUGUGAAACAAAAUAUUUGUAUUUUAGAGUACUUUUUUUAAUUUAUUACUAUUAUUACUUAAACAUUUUUGAUUAUUAAUGCGUUUAGGUUUUAUUAUUAUUAAUUGUAAAGAAAAAUACAAAAACCCAAAUCAGUUGUAGUAGAAACAGUGGAGUUUAAAUUGUGACUCUCAUCACACACUUUCACUUCACUUUAAAAACAAACAAAAAAAACGAAAAACUUACUCACUGCUCAAUUGUUUCAUUACAACACAAAACCACUCUUCAAACUACAUACAAGAGAUACAAAGGACCCAUAUAAUUGAAAAAAAGUAAUAAUAAAAAACCGAACAAAGAGAAAAUUAAAACCAUUGGAUUUUCAGUAGGUUUUUUCCCCCCACUUUCUAUCAUUUAAGCUGUAACAUUCUACAACAAUUCUAGCAAUUAUUCUGUUGCAUAAUACUCGAAUACAAUUUAUUGAUUUCUUCCCCAAAUAUUGAUACAUACCUUGGACUUGAUUAUUGUCUACUAAGUCCGAUAUUGCAAUUUGCUAAAUCUCAAACAAAAAGAAAAUAAUAAUUUUUUAUUAUUUCUUUAACUGAUGUAUUCCUUUUUUUAGUUUUAAUUAUUAUUUUAUUAUUAUAUAAGAAAAUUAGCAAAAAAAAAAAUGAAAAAGAAUCAAAAAAAUCAAAAAACGAAAAGGAAAUUCAAAGCGUUUAAAUUAACAAGUAAUUAUUAUUAUGAAUACCGUUGCGAAAUGUCAAAAUAAAACAAAUUUUUGUGACGUCUAUAAACCAACAACAACAUCAAAAGAAGAAAGUUAGCAAAUAUUUAAUCAAUCAAAA